GCUUUGUCUUGAUUCUUGAUGAAUCUAAUCCAAUAACUACCCAAUUAUUGGCUUCUUUUGAAAUGGCUUGAUUAAUCAAACCUUUUUUUGCUACAAAAUCUCAUUUGGGUCUUUUGGCUCUUCAUUUUCUUUGGUCAUUUUUUCCUCUCUUAUAUUUGCCCUUCAACUUUUUACAUUAGUCUUUUUUCCUCAUUGAAAAGAUCAAAUUUUUAGGGUAGUUGAUGAUGAUUUUCACAAUGGGUUGAUUAAUCAAGCUUUUAUAUGCAAAAUCUCAUCUGCGUCUUGCUUAUUUUGUAGGACUAGGACAAUCAAGGAAACCAGUCACAAUUUGACGGGGAAUAUACAUUUUGUCCACGGAUUUGUACACAUAGUCGGAUUUAAUACAUGGCUCCCGGAGGCAGCAGUUACCAGGAUAUUGGUGAUUCUCGUAAUGCAUAUGCCGAUUAUGGUAUUGUAUCCGAGAAUGCUGAACCGAAAAGCUCCCCUUUUAGAAAAUCCACAGCUGUUAAUAUUAUUGCUGGAAAUCAUGGAACAAGAUCUAAUACAGCUGUUCAUGAACUACUCGAAUGUCCUGUUUGUAUGAAUCUAAUGUACCCUCCAAUUCAUCAGUGUCCAAAUGGUCAUACUUUAUGCCUGAAGUGCAAGUCAAAAGUUCAUGUAUGCCCAAUUUGCCGCCAUGAGCUUGGGAACAUAAGAUGUCUAGCAUUGGAGAAAAUUGCAGAGUCACUGGAAUUGCCAUGCCGAUACCAAAUUUUUGGUUGUCAAGAUAUAUUUACUUAUCAUAGUAGGCUCCGACAUGAGCAGAACUGCAGAUUUCGUCCGUAUAACUGCCCUUAUGCAGGAUCUGAAUGCACUGUUACUGGUGAUAUUCAGUCCCUUGUUGCACACCUCAAAGAUGAUCACAAGGUUGACAUGCACGAUGGCUGCACCUUCAACCAUCGAUAUGUCAAAUCUAAUCCUCAAGAUGUUGAGAACGCUACAUGGAUGUUGACUGUUUUCAACUGUUUCGGUCACCAGUUCUGCUUGCAUUUUGAGGCUUUUAACGUCGGAGUGGCACCAGUGUACAUGGCAUUCCUUCGUUUUAUGGGUGAUGAUGAUGAUGCGAAAAAAUUUAGUUAUAGUCUUGAAGUAGGUGGAUUUGGCAGAAAGUUAAUAUGGCAAGGAGUUCCUAGGAGCAUCCGUGAUAGUCAUAAAACAGUCCGAGACAGUUUAGACGGGCUGCUCAUUCAAAGGAGCAUGGCACUUUUCUUCUCUGGUGGUGACCGGAAGGAGCUAAAGCUGAAGGUAGCCGGGCGCAUUUGGAGAGAACCGUUGUAAAGUAGAAAUACGGUCUUCUUCCUCAGAGUUAGCAUCAAUCUCAGAGGGCCACGAGUCUAGUUAGUUAUUCCUGAUUGGUGGGUGGCCUUUUUUUGUAUUUCGUGUAAAAAUAUAAAGGCUGUAGAUGGUUCUAUAUAGGUUAAGGUUUUUGGAUCAAUCAAUUUUAUGUUGAAUGUAGUCAGCUCAAGUGUUGGCCAUGCAUUCUGUUAAUGCUGGUUGUGUAUCUAAUAUUGCGAGGCAUUUAGGCUUUUCUGUCAAUCUAUGUUAAAAUCAUGUGACUUUCAAAGAAGUGAUAAAAUGAAGUUAAAUCA